CCCCCCCCCCCCCCCCCCCCCCAGUAUAAAAGGCAGAAGCGGAAAUCUCGCGAUCUCUUCACAUCUCCCAACAUGGCGGAAAAAUCUGAGAAGGAGAAUCCAAUGCGUGAGCUGCGCAUCCGCAAGCUAUGCCUCAAUAUCUGUGUUGGGGAGAGUGGUGACAGACUGACCAGGGCAGCCAAAGUGCUGGAGCAGCUCACUGGGCAGACACCUGUCUUUUCUAAAGCUCGUUACACAGUGAGAUCCUUUGGAAUCAGAAGAAAUGAGAAGAUUGCAGUUCACUGUACAGUUCGGGGUGCCAAAGCAGAGGAGAUCCUAGAGAAAGGUCUUAAGGUCAGGGAAUAUGAGCUGAGGAAGAACAACUUCUCGGACACUGGAAACUUUGGCUUUGGCAUCCAGGAACACAUUGAUCUGGGCAUCAAAUAUGACCCAAGCAUUGGGAUUUAUGGGCUGGAUUUCUAUGUGGUUCUUGGUCGCCCAGGUUUCUGCAUUGCUGACAAAAAGCGAAAGACUGGUAGCAUUGGAGCAAAGCAUCGGAUUGGGAAAGAAGAGGCCAUGCGUUGGUUCCAGCAGAAGUACGAUGGCAUCAUACUCCCGGGAAAAUAAGCUGCUUCAAUUUAUAAGUCAAUAAAACUUCUCAUAACUA